AUGUCAUUAGCUCCCAAAAUUGAUGAAGUGAGUUGUUUUGUCACAGAAAAGAGUCUUGACCUUGCCUGUAUAACGGAAACAUGGCUAAAUGACCGUAUCUCAGAUUCCUGCCUCGAUAUUCCAGGUUACAAUUUUGUUCAUAAAAACCGCAGUGUGGGCUCCCACGGAGGAGUUGGGGUGUACAUCAGGAACACGAUAUUUUAUAAGCCUCUGAAUCAUCUCCACCAUAUAGAUUACGAAGUUCUGUGGGUCUAUGUUCGUCCAAGUAGACUUCCCCGUGGGUUUUCCUGCUUGAUACUUGGUGUCGUUUACCAUCCACCUAAUGCUAAUGAUGAUGAAAUGCUCCAAUUUCUCUCAACAUCACUGAUUACUAUUGAAAGCACCUAUCCUGGCUGUGGGUUUAUUCUUGCAGGCGACUUUAAUCGGUUAAAAUGCAAUCGGAUAUUAACACAGUUCAGUUGCAAACAGAUUGUUAACGUUUCCACAAGGGCCAACCAGACUUUGGAUCUAAUAAUAACCAACUUACAUUCGUUUUAUGAUAAGAACUCUGUCGAAAAAUUUCCGCCAUUUGGUCUUUCAGAUCAUAAUGUUGUGAUUGUCAAUCCUUGCAAAAGAGAAGUCAUGCAGUAG